UCCUUUUAAAGCGAUAUUAAAGGCAAUCAUACAGCGUAACGUUACAGCAAGUGCAGUAAAAUCUUUAUUUCAAAGGAGGAAGUACAGGAUAAUGUUAGGUAUAUCUUAGACAGAGACUUAGUUUAACAUACUGAUGUUCUGUAUAAACAAGGCUAUUGAAGUUUUUUUUACAGAUAAUGGUGAUUUUUUGAUUAAACCAUAAUGACAAAUGAUCUAAAAUUCGAAGACAAAAAGCAAACAAUAGCAGGACUUCUGCAGACAAAUAGUUUACCUAUGGUGGUAAGAAUAUAUGAAGAGAACAAACAUGACGAAGACUUUGAUAUUUUACAUGCCAAAAUAUCAGGAAACACGGAAGUAUUGCUUCAGAAGAAGAUUAAAGUGAAGUACGGGCAUAUAAAAAUUCUGCGGUAUUACGACAAUAAUGUUGUAGAGAAGGAAAAUGGAUCAGAAUACGUUCUCGAACAUGAUACAUAUGUCGAUGAAAAGUUUUUGAUACCACUGAAAUACCAUGGCAAAGUAAAAUUUGUGCACCGUCCUGGAAGCAGUAGAAGAUAUGCAACGAUAUCACAUGUCCUGAGUGAACUUCCUCGUUACAUAAUUCUUGGUGAAGACACCGUUGCCUUGUCACCAAAUGGUAUUGGCAAAAACCUGAUUGUUCCUUCAAAGACUACAUUAGAACUGGUACGUAAGAUCAAACAACCAAAUGAGAAUGUGACAUAUUUAGAAUGCAGUGCUGGAAACGUGUCAUACAUUUUUAGCGAGAGAGAUCGAAUCAACUGUACUGAAGUGGAUGAUACAAAUGUUUAUCAUUUAUUUGAACUUGUUCGUUGUAAGAUGCUGCCGAAGGUGAUUCAUUUUCAAGACGUUGCUGCGGAAGAUAUCAUUUUAAUGGACAACUACCUGAAGAGUGCAAUGCUUAUUUGUGUUGAAGGACCGAUUGAACUUCUCGGAUUUAAAGAUAUUGAUUUGAUUGUUGCGUGGGUAAGGGACAAGGAGUCUAGGACUUACAAGACAGUGCUUAUACCUGGCGGACUUUGGAAUGUGAUAAUGGUACAGGAGAGAAGUUUGCAUGGGAAAGAAGAAAAGGCAAACUAUAUCAAAAGGAAAUAUAGUCAUUGUGGUGAAACGGGCUUCAUUGAAAAGUGUUUAUACUGGAUGUCCCCGGACAAUUACCAUGUUACGUGGCUUAGAAGUCCUGAUUUCUACAAGCAGACUCUGAAUGAGAAGCAUGUGUUUGGAAGGAAAACUAAUGACUUUAAAGAUUCCUCUGAUGAUGAAUCUAUGGGCGAUUAUGAAGAAGUCUCAGAACCACCGCCACCUUUACCUGGUAAAACAUUUGUUGUUGAACUGUCUCUUUUGUACCUGACAUUCUUCUAUCCAAAUAGAGCACGUAUAGAUGCAAUGUAUUAUUAUAACAUUAACUACCUUAAAAUUAAUGAAAUUCCACCAAAAGGCAAACGCGACCCGGACUCGUAGUACAUGUAUAUAUCAUAAUAGGUACUUUCUCUUUUUGCUUUCAACGCAGGCGAACGUAACAAAUAGAUAUUUGUUUCCGUUUACACG